GAUUCAUGUUAGAGAAUUAGGAGGGCAUCCCUCCAUUUUUCCUCUGCCAAACAAAUAAUUUUCUCUCCUAACCUCUCUAUCUUUUUCAAAACAUAGAAAGACUAUAACUUUCCACUCUCUCUCCCUCCUACUUCUACAUCCACUGUACUCUCUCUUCUUAGUGUUUAGGAACAAAUAAAGAGAUAAGAUACCAGAGAAGAGGUAGAGCUUAGCAAUGGGAGGAACUGUGUUGGAGUUGUUUGAAGUUGGGCCCUGCAAAGAUGCCUACCAGAUGGGCUUUCUAAUAGGCCAAAGGUUUGCAAACCAGAUUAGAAGCAGGUUGGGCAAUGAUCUCAUUCUCCAAAAUCAGCUUCGCCCUUUUGCACAAUCCUCACAAUCACAGCCGUUGAUUCAAGCUCUCUCUUCCAACAACCAAAAGAGGUUCCCAAGAUAUUGGGAUGAGCUUGUGGGUUUGGCAGAAGGUAGUGGUGUGGCUGCUCUUGAUAUAAUACUGAUUAACUUCAGGAAAGAGAUUCUUCCAUUUCUUCCUAAGACAGAGUUGAGCAAUGUUCCUACUGUGGAUGAUGUCUCAGAUGACUGUUCUGAUGUUAUUGUUAUUAGUGAUUCCAUGGCCAUUGUUGCUCACAAUGAGGAUGCAAAUAUUGCUCUAAUUGACCGCACAUAUUUGAUCAAAGGAUCUCUUUCAAAUGGGUUAUCAUUCCUUGCUUACACAUACGCAGGAGAGCUCCCAAGUUGUGCUUUUGGGGUCAACAGUCAUGGGCUAGCAUUUACGCUGAAUUCGGUUCCACCAUCUGAAAAUGAGAUUGAAGCUGGAGGAAUAGGGCGAAACUUCAUUUCGCGAGACCUACUCGAAGCAACAAGCAUUGAGGAUGCAUUAUCCAAAAUCCGUUCUUCAGAAGUCUCUGUGGGGCAUAGUUACAAUCUAAUCGAAAUAGGGAGGCGUAGGAUUGUCAACGUGGAAACAGCGUCCAGAAAUCGAGUUUCGAUCCAUGAGAUUGGCAAAACACCAUACUUUCAUGCAAACAUGUAUCUCCAUCUUCAGGUUCCUCAGUUGCAAGAUGAGAACUCAAUAAGCAGGCAAAGAAAAGCAGCUGUGCUACCAAAAAAUACAACAGAAGAAAUCCUAGCAGUUCUUGGAGAUUCAGAAGAUCCAAAAUACCCCAUCUACAUGACAGGUCCAACGCUCUACACUUUAUGCACAGCUGUAAUAGACGUAGACCAGCAAACACUGUCGAUUAUUCAAGGAAAUCCACAUAAAAGAGAAGUUUCACACAUCUUUGAUCUGUCUUCUAGAGAUUUCAAGCGGCUAUAACAAAAAGCUUAUAGCAAAUUAUUACCUUUAAAGAUUGUAUUCAAGAAGACAUGUUUCUGGAGCUCCUAUGCACGUUCAUAAAGGCCCAACAUGUGCCCAUCAACACAUCUCAUUGCUGCAACCUGAUCACAAUCAAAUUAUUUCAUAAUUUUUGAACUCUGAAUAACAUUGUAAUGAAGCACACAAGUCAAUGACUUUCAUUUCUUCCCUAUUUAAGUAUUUUGUACUACCUUUCCAUGGAUCUCAUAUUUGAUUGGACCAUCUAGUUCAGCUCCUAAUGCCAUUAAUUUUGUUACUGUA